AAAAUACAGCGUAUUAGUCCUUAUCUGUGGCUUCGUCCAAAGCAAAGAAAUGUUAUCGCCGUGAAAUUUUUUCCUUAUAUUUUAAUUAUGUUUAGAGAAUUGUUUAACUUAAUUGAUCUUAGAAAUGAGGUAUUGGUUUGCAUAUCAUUAUCUGUGUUUUAUAUUUCAUAUUACCUGCUGGAAGUCGUCAAGAAACCCCUGCUGAUAUGCGGUGAUGGUGACUUUCGGGAAUUGCUGCAGUCGCAAGUUGAAACACUACGUGAGCCUUUCUGGCCAACACCUUGGUGUGUUGAGGCGCGAUUGCAGACCGUGCUGGCCUCGAUAUUGCGCUCGCGGCUCCUACCGCCGCUCACCACCACCAGACAGAUCGUGCGGCUGCCGGACGGCGGUCAGGUGGCGCUCGACUGGGUCGAGGAGGAAGGGGCCAGGCCGUCGGACGAGGCCGCCCCUGUUGUAGUCGUUGUGCCGGGGUUGACUGGAGGGGCCCACGCCGACUACGUUCGCUGCGUGGCCGCAGCUGCGAAGGGCCUCGGCGCGCGCUGUGCUGUCUUUAACAACCGCGGACUUGGUGGAUUGCAGCUCACGACCCCGAAGCUGUACUGCGCGCUGUCGCACGAAGACUUGGCAGUGGCGCUCGCGGCGGCGGAGGAGCGUGCGGGAGGCGGGCCAUUGCUGGCCGUCGGUGUGUCGCUCGGCGGCCUCAUUCUGGCGCACCAUCUGGCUUCGCGCGGCGAGACCACUCGGGUGCGCGCCGCGCUCGUUCUGUCGUCGCCGCUGGACGUGGAGCGUGCGGCCGAGUGCCUCGCGAGGCCGGUCAACGCGCCGCUGUCUUGGCACAUGGCGCGCUGCCUGCGUCGCACGCUGCGGGCGCACGGCGCGCUUGCCGGGCGCUGGACGGCGGCCGAGACGAGCCGUUCGGUGCGGGAGUUCGACGCUGCGUUCACGGCUCCACACUUCGGCUUCGCGUCGGUCGAACAUUACUACCGCGAGGCCAAUCUGCGUGACAAACUGGGACAGGUGCGGGUGCCGCUGCUGUGCGUGUGCGCAGCCGACGACCCGUUCCAGCCUCUUGCGGCGCUGCCGGCGCGCGAGGUGGGCGCGAGCGCUCGCGUGGCGUUGGCCGUCCCGUGGCGUGGGGGCCACAUCGGCUUCCUGGAGCGCUGGUGGCCCUCGAGUGUCGCGCGCGACCACUUCCUGGCUCGGCUGACGCGCCAAUACUUCGCCGCGCUGCUGGCCUCACCGCAUCUGCUGCAUUGUCCUGCUCCAGGACCCGCUUAGCAUUUGAUCUUAGACGCACAUUCCGUUUUAACCAAUCGAUAUCGCCGCGUGCCUUUCCGAGAGUUGUAUAGAGACGAGGUUGUGAUUCGUAUGUUGUAGUUAUCUUUGCAAUUGUUAAUAUUUAUUUGUUACCUGUCGUUGCAUUGUGGAGCAAAGCUUUAUUAUACUUUUGGCCUUAGAAACCUGAAUAAAUAGAAUUCAGGAUUUCUAAACCGAACUGAAUAAUUAAGUUACCAACCUUCACUAUUUUUUGCGAUACAUAUUUUUAUUGAUAUGAUAAGAAAAAUAUUUACAAUUAAAACUUAUUUUCUGUUGAAAGAUUAGAGUAUUUGGUGAUGUCACAGCUGCAGACAGUCCUCGGUUGUCUUGGACACCUGCCAUGUAGUUGUAAGCAAAGGGUUUAAUACCAAAUUACGUCCAAAGAGAUAAUAAACAGUAUCUGUGAUUAGAGUGACCGCCCAAAGCGCACAUUUUAAUGUAUUUUUUAUAUAAAUUAUUGAGACAAA